GACGCGCCUUUCCAUCUUCAUUUCAAACUCAAAACAUAUACAGCCCUAUUACGCCUCUCUCUCGUAAAUACCUCUCUUGUUUUCACCAUGGAAGAAGAGCUCGACCCAGUAGCCUAUCAUCCAUCAUCUCGUCAAUGGGAAGGAGACUCGGAAAACUCGCGCCAAUCGUCCCAACCCUGCAGCGAAACCUAUAUGAUCGGCUUCGUACUCGCCAACAUAGUCGGUCUUCAGUACUACUCUGGCCAAAUCAAUGGUCGGGAAAUGGUGGGUCUUAUCCGGGAACCAUUAAACCCUCACGAUAAGAACGCGAUCAAAGUCCUCAACACAAGAACCGAGCAGGUCGGUCAUAUCGAACGGUCCGUGGCCGCGGUACUUGCCCCCUUGGUGGACAAGCACUUGAUAAUUAUUGAAGGUAUAGUGCCCAAUACCCGGAAUAGUGGGAAUAAGUUCAAAAUUCCUUGUCAAAUUCACAUUUUUGUAAGACUAGCGAUGUGCUCAAGUGUGAGAUCAUCCAUUCAGCGAGCUGGGCUGGUCUUGAUUUUGCCUUCGGACCCGUCUUUCGCUCUUUCGGAGGCGGAGGUGGUGAAGGAGAAGAUGACGGGGAGAGAGGUCAAAACUUUGGAUGAGAUUUUCAAGUUGGUUGAUGAGAAUGUGAGCAAAAAGGCGAAAAUGGAAGCUAUGGAGCCGCCAAAACAGGUGAUAAAAUCCCAACUUUUUCAGCACCAGAAAGAGGCACUUGGGUGGUUGUUUCGUAUGGAGAAUUCUGAUGAUUUGCCGCCUUUUUGGGAGGAGGAAGAUGGGGAAUUUAUCAAUGUGUUGACUAAUUACCGGACAGAAAUGCGGCCCGAACCUCUGCGUGGUGGCAUUUUUGCAGAUGAUAUGGGAUUGGGUAAGACUCUAACUCUGCUUUCAUUGAUUGCUUUAGAUAAAUAUCGCAGAGUAGGUUCGUCAGUUGCUGAUAGGAAUGUAGCUGUAGAAAAUAUAAAUGAUGAUAAGCUUUCGGAUAGAAGGAAGCGGAAGAGGAGUGUAGUGAUCAAGAAAGACAGUGAAGGCCAGAAAGAAAAUGAAACUGAGGAUGAUAAACUAGUUAAGAGAGCAAAAGAGAAAAUCAUUAAAUGUUCUGGGAUAAAAACAACUUUAAUUGUCUGCUCUCCAUCAGUUAUUUCAACGUGGGUUACACAACUAGAGGAACAUACAGUACCGGGUGGGUUGAAGGUAUAUUUGUACUACGGGGAAAGGACUCAACAAGUUGAAGAGCUCCAGCAGCAUGAUAUAGUGUUGACCACUUAUGGUACUCUGGCUAUUGAGGAACCUUCGGAGAAAGGCCCUGCAAAGAAUGUGAACUGGUGGCGAGUCAUAGUGGAUGAGGGACACAUGAUUAAGAAUGUAAAUGCUCAACAAAGUCGAGCGGUAGCUAAUUUGAGUGCUAGGCAUAGGUGGGUUGUUACAGGAACUCCCAUCCAAAAUGGCUCUUUUGAUUUGUUUUCUUUGAUGUCCUUUCUGCAAUUUGAGCCGUUUUCCAUUAGAAGCUAUUGGAGAAGACUGAUACAACGUCCACUUGAUCAAGGCAAUAAGAAGGCGCUCUCACGCCUACAGGUUCUGAUGGCAACUAUUUCUUUGCGGAGAACAAAAGACAAGGCCUUGAUUGGGUUGCCUCAUAAAACUGUAGAGACAUGUUAUGUUGAACUUUCUGAAGAAGAGCGUGACCUAUAUGAUCACAUGGAAAGAGAAGCCAAAGGGCUUGUCCAAAGUCUUAUUAGUGGGGGUAGAUUGAUGCAUAAUUAUUCAGCUGUGCUGACUAUUCUUUUGCGCCUUCGCCAGAUCUGCACAGAUAUGGCAUUGUGCCCUCCAGAUCUUAAGUCUUCAACAAACAUUGAAGAUGUAUCCAAUAACCCAGAGUUAUUAAAGAAACUGGUUGCCGUGCUUCAAGAUGGUGAAGAUUUUGAUUGCCCAAUUUGUCUUUCUCCGCCAAGUAUCACUGUAAUUACUUCUUGUGCUCACAUCUUUUGCCAAACCUGCAUUUUAAAAACCAUAGAGCGCAGCAAAUCCUCCUGCCCCCUUUGCCGUCAUCCUCUAUCUCAGUCAGACCUGUUUACAGCCCCUCCUGAAUCUUCUGAUGCUGACAAUAGAGGAAUUUCUUCACAUAAUCAGAAGUCAUCCAAGGUCUCUGCUCUAUUGAAACUUCUCAUUGCAUCAAGAGACGAAAACCCAAAUACAAAAUCAGUCAUAUUUUCACAAUUCCGAAAGAUGCUGUUAUUGCUCGAAGAGCCACUAAAGGUCGCUGGUUUCAAGAUUUUGCGCCUAGAUGGUUCAAUGACUGCAACGAGACGGGCUAAAGUGAUCAAAGACUUUAGUGACUCUGAACCAGGCGAACCUACUGUUUUGCUGGCAAGUCUUAAGGCUUCAGGCACUGGCAUAAAUCUUACGGCCGCCUCUAGAGUCUACUUGUUAGAGCCAUGGUGGAACCCGGCUGUUGAGGAACAGGCUAUGGACAGAGUCCACAGAAUUGGGCAGAAGGAAGAAGUGAAGGUUGUGAGACUGAUUGCCAAGAACAGCAUAGAGGAGAGGAUACUAGUGCUACAAGAGAAGAAGAGGAACUUAGCAAGAAAAGCUUUUCAAGGGAAGGCCAAGGACCGGAGGGAGGUUAGUAUAGAUGAUGUUCGCACUCUCAUGUCUCUGUAGGUUCUUUUUAAACAUUUACAGGUAGAAGCACCCAUGGCAGGUCUCCUAAUAAAUUUUUUUGUCCAGAUGAUCAAGGAAAUGUUUUUUGCUCUUUCCAGAUGCAAAUGGGUGCAUUGUGUAUAUUUUCGGAUAGAAUUUGCAUUGUGUAUAGAAUUUUCUCAGAAUUUCAGACAUGCAAAGCUCAUAGGAAAAACUUUUGCUGUGAAGAA